GACGUAGUGCAUUCCAGACUAGAAAGGCUGGACAUAAAUGUGCUAUUAGACUUUCUCUCGUUCAGCGCGCCACAUAAACAAAGGCACAUUGCAACUUAAGCACAGCGCAUCUCCGUUACUAUCGCCGACUCUGUUAUAGUGGAGCUGACAGAACCACGGAGUACUUUUUUUCUUCUUAGCUAAGAGGAAAAUCAGUCAAAUAAUAUUUUUUAAUGAAAAAUUAUCAACUUUUGCGACUUUAAAACCAACUUCCAUUCAACCACUAUUUUCAGUUUUUACAAAUUUCUGUUGGAUAUGCACAAGGAAUUAUUAAGGCUUUACAAACAUAUGUAAAGACGGAACCUCAACAGAAAUCAAGUAAGUGGGAAUUUUAAUUUAAUACGCUUUAUAGAAAAAUCACACAAAUGUAGCUACGCAUUGAAAUGUAAAAUUACCGACAACAUGCUUUGGCUGAUUUGUGUCAUUUGUAUUGCGGUCUCCAUUCAUAUAUUUCUGCAUGGCAUUAUGUUAUAGAGAACUUUCUGGUCUGAAUGACCUGUUGAAUGUUCGAUCCCCACCGCGUAAAUACAAACUGUGUUGUGUGCGAUGUCAUUGUAGAUGGAUGGAGUGAAUCCGAAUUUAAUUUGCGAGACGUAGCCUAUAAUAUUCUCUCAGGUUGUCAUGGUAAUGGGAUGCCUCUUCCUCACCCCGGUGAAACCGCUGUGAGCUCGCGCGGGGCCGGUAGAGAGUCUCGUGAGAUGCGCCUAGUAGACGGAGUGAGUGUCGCGCGCUCCUCGCUUCUUAAAAGCGUUACUUAUUAUUAUGCGAGUGUUUAUUUAUUCGUUCGUAGUAGUAUAUGCUUUAAGAAUACUUUCAGUUAUUUGAUCUAGAGUCUCAUCAAUAUUGCUUUGCCACGUUUCAAUGAGAUGACUACACGAGCUUCAUUCAUUCUGUCUUGAUCCUGAAGCUAUACGGAAGGACCGCACGCGAAUAUAGGCUACACAGUGAAAUAGGCUACACAUUUGCACAGUAAUCAAAUAUAAACAGUUAUAAUGUCGCCACAAAUAACUUAAGUUUUAUAUUUACCAUUCUCACACUUUGGUUCUCGCCAGAGUAGGCUAUAGCCUAUGCUGCUUUUUAAUGAGCUAAUAUCAACACAUUUGUAAAGCCAGUGUUUCUCUGCUGUCAGAAGACUUUAAAUCUGUAAUUUCUGAACAAACAACAUGACUUAUGCUAUACAACGUGACUGAGUUUAUUGGGAGUAGGCUAUCUGUGUGGUGUUUACAAUCUUAUGUUUGGUAGUUGUAUGAAGUGACACCAAUACACCCAUAAGAAACACACUCUUGUUGUGCUUUAAAAGGUGCUUUCUUUCACUUUAAUUUGUGGUGUGAAUUUCAUAUAUGCAAGAAUCAAAGCACACGCUGCAAUGACAUUUAUGAGCGGCACACCUUUAUAAACUUGUGGGAAAUUUAUUUCAUUGGCAGUUGCCCACAUGCCAGAAUAGUGAGAGUGGAGACAGAACCGCCCCCAAGAGAUAUAUGAUACGACAAUAUUGUAUUGAUCAGAGUAGUGAUCCAGGUGAGUUGUUGUAGCCUAUACUAAAGUUUUAUUCCAGUGCACGCGAGAUCAGGUCACGGAGCCUGGUAAAGCUCUGUCUCUUUCCCUCAGGUCUCUGUCCCCGUCGGGUGUCAAAUCCCGUUCUCCAAGCUAAUUUACUGUACUUGUGUUUUUCCAUCCCUUUAUCUCCACUCUCUCCCUUUCUUUGUGUGUUUGCUGGAAAGCCUCUAUCUCGCGCGCUUAUUGAACGCAGAACGGAGCGCCUCUAAAGCGCGUGCUUCAGGGCUCUCUCGCGGUUCUCUAGGUUACCGGGGCACAAGCGGACCGGCGGCUCCAUGCGUACACACUGAAACACGCUCUGGUAAAAUCACACAUAACCUCAGAAAGACAAACGAUUGAACUCAAAAACAAACAUAACAAAGUCAACAGAGAGCUGCCAGCUUCAUUGUAGUUGAAAUAAAAUAGCUUAUUUAUGAGGCCACCCAAAAUUCUCUCUCUCUCUCUCACUUUUUUUUUUUUUUUUUUUUUUUUUUGGCCUAUGUUUCAUUAUCCUGACUACAAUUGUCAAUCAAAUCAUAAAUGAGUACCUGAAGUUUCAAUAUUCCCAAACCAUGAAGGUUUCUGGGGUUUGUUUCUAGCAGUUUCAGGGACGAGAAAGACAGUGCUCAAUUCGAGGGCUGGCUUUGUGUGAGCGCGCCACUGUCAGGGAGGGGGCGCUAGUCGCUUUUAAAAACUCUUCGGUGGCGCGCUUGGGUUUUAGCCUAUUUGACCGAAGACGGGGAUAGUCAGACUUCGGAGAGUGCACAGACACCGGUUCGGAAGAGCGCCUGCAGCCCAGGUCUGAGUCCCGGCUACCGGAUACCUCACCCGCCGCGUGUGCUGAAGCAGCCCCGAACCCCAGACGCGUGCAGCCUCCACCCGAGAAACCGACCACGAUUCAGCGAGCAAAAGGCCAAUCAGAUCUAUGGCACUCUGACAAUGAACAAGCGAUCACAGUUAUUGGAACAGCUGCAUUUUGUCCAUCUAAAAUGCACACCUCGAGACAUGCCCUGCGUUCAGGCCCAGUACGGCCCUGCACCUCAUGGGUCCAGCUACUCCGCCCAGUCCUUUGGUUACCAUGGUGACUACAGUGCUGACCUCAUGGCGACAGACUACACGAAGUGUGAGCUCGGUGGGGGGGAGAUCUCGGCGGCAGCCGCCACUACUUCCCUGCCCAGUUUUAAUGUGUUUGUGGAGGGCGGCUUUGAGCCGAAACCCUCCUGUCUGUAUCAACUCCCUCCUCAACGCCCUAUCAUCAAGAAGGAGGAGGAGUCUUUCCCACCCAUGGCACCAUCCGACGAAGCAAUAGCUGGGAGCUCCAUGUACUUUAAGCAGUCGCCCCCUUCAACACCCCCCACGCCGCUUCACCCCGGGCCACCCAGCAGCUCUUUCUUGUGGGAUGAACACAGUCUUCCCCCUGUGCCCCAGCCCUGCUUGAUUGAAGGCCCAUUGAAGAGCCCUCGCUUCCCUCAUUUCUACGAGCAGACCCCACCAUCCACCAGCGGCUACGACACCGGCAUCGGCCUUCCGCUGCGCCCCGAACGUUCUCCGUCAUCCUCCUCUUCAUCUUCACAUGUGCCACCCAGCCUGGACACGCACACGCACUCACACGUGCACUCCCAUACGCACUCACACAUGUACCCGCUGAACAUGGGUAAGCCGGGAGGCCUGGCGUUCCGCUCUCUGGGCAUGGGCCCGUGCCCACCGCUUCUGGGAGAGAGUUUGCCAUCGCCGCCCAGUCGCACCAGCUCCGGAGAGGGUACCUGUGCGGUGUGCGGAGACAAUGCGGCCUGUCAGCACUAUGGCGUGCGCACCUGUGAGGGCUGCAAAGGCUUUUUUAAGAGGACGGUGCAGAAGAAUGCGAAGUACGUGUGUUUGGCCAGUAAAAACUGCCCUGUGGACAAAAGGAGAAGAAAUCGCUGCCAGUACUGCCGCUUCCAGAAGUGUCUCAGUGUAGGCAUGGUGAAAGAAGUGGUGCGCACAGACAACCUGAAGGGGAGGAGAGGUCGCUUGCCGUCUAAACCAAAGAGUCCCCUUCAGCCAGAGCCCUCGCCCCCAUCACCUCCCCUCAGCCUGCUGAACGCACUAGUGCGGGCCUAUUCCCAGUCUACACCACGAGAACUGGACUACAGUCAGUUCAGUGCAGUGGAGCCAGUGGGUUUAUCUGAGUCUCAGCAGAUCCAGAUGUUCUACAGAGUGCUAACUGGCUCCAUGGAGGUGACGCGCUGUUGGGCCGAACGGCUGCCUGGAUUCUCUGAGCUUCACCACGAUGACCAGAAUCUGCUCAUUGACUCUGCCUUCCUUGAGCUUUUUGUGCUUCGCCUCGCCAACAGGUCUUUGCUGGCGGACGAGAAGUUCGUGUUUUGCACGGGCCUGGUCCUGCACCGGCUACAGUGUCUGCGUGGCUUCGGAGAAUGGCUGGACUCCAUCCGAGACUUCAGCGCUCACCUGCAGGGUCUCAACCUCGACAUGCCUGCGUUCUCCUGCUUGUGUGCCCUAGUGCUGCUCACAGAGCAAUGUCCUGGUCUGAAGGAGCCCAAAAAAGUGGAGGAACUGCAAUCCAAAAUAAUCUGCUGCCUGCGAGAUCAUCUGAGCUCGGUUUGCGCAGGAGGUGUGGCUUCAACUGGCAAGGCCCCACCCCCAGUGGGAGCUGUGCUGGGCUUGAGGACGGAGCUUCGAUCUCAGCGUACGCAAGGCUUACAGAGGAUCUUCUACCUGAAGCUUGAGGACCUGGUCCCACCCCCGCCACUCAUCGAUAGGUUUCUGGACACCUUGCCCUAUUGAUGACCACGCCCACUUUUGCACACCACUGACACGCCCACAAGCUCACUCAGACACGCCCACAGCGGCUAUAAACUCACCCUGGGAAGGGACAGAGCCAGUAGCUAACAGUGAUACUGAACUCGAUUUCCCAUGAGUCCCCAAAUCCUCGCAGGAAACAAAUGUGUCUGAGGAGAAACCAAUCAUAUAAGCGCUUUUAAUCUCUGCUCUGCGCCUGAUAGUGUAGAUACGAGGCAGGGUUUGAGCUUAUCUGGCGUAACGCGCACUGGGAACGAGAGCGAUGCCUGUAGCUCAGUGCGCCACGUCGGGAGAAGUAUUACGAUGCGAGAAUGUGUGUAAGUGUGUGCGUGCAUGUGAGGACGCACACUUUACGGCUCCUUUGCAGGCGGUCCAAAAGUUCCACCACAAUCCACCUCAAUGACAGCAGUUGUGUUCAUCACAAACAUACAAUCACAGACACACAAGAGCACGCGAACUGUCCUUUCACACAUACGCACGGAUCCAAAACGUCAGCUUCAGAUGCCAGAUUAUGACAUAUCAACUGUCGUUGGCAGAAAUGAAGUGGAUGUGUGUGUGAAAACAUGUAGGAGUGUCUCUGAGGGAGGCUUUCGCCACACAGACAGAACGACAGAGUGCAUUAAUGUCUAGAAUCACAGUUGAUCACACCCCAAAAACCUGCAAACAAGUGCAAUUUACUAAGUGCUAUUGUAAAGGACGAGAGAGAGGAGAGAACGAGAGAGUGUGUGUGUAUGUUUGUUCCAGUCCUAUUUCAAACUCUAAAUUAUUUUAAUACUAAGACUCGCCUUGUAAGGUAACGGUUUCAAUUGAGAUGAUUUAGCCCAGUCUGCGCACUAACUUUUUAAUGACGAAGUUCCACAGACUUGAAAUUACUGUAGUUUUUAUUAUUCUUAUUCUUAUUAUUAUUAUGAAGAAGAAGAAGAAAAACCAAGGGAUUUAGCAUUAGGAUAACAGACUAAAAAGAGUAGAAUUGGGCUUUGAGCACUUAAAAAACAGGAAGAGGAGGAGGAUGAUAAGAGAAGGCCGGAGAGAUGCAGGUGCAGAGAGAGAAUGGAAGGAAUGAAACAUUCCGCAUUCAUGCUCAUUUUUAUAUGUUUAUACUGUCUUUGCCAUUUAUUAAUAUGGAGGACAUUGUUGCAAAAAUGUCUUUUAUAUGUACAAAAAAGUAAAAACGGAUUAUAUGCAUGGUUUUCUCCUUCUCGCCUGUGCUUGUAUUUAUUUUGCAAAGACUGCCGGCUCCAUAAGGGCUUGAACACACGUACUGACUGGGCGUUCUCGCUUACUUUAUCAUACGGCAGCAGUUUGAACAGAUGAGAAAGUACAAAUUAUAUAAAUAUAUAAAUAUAUAUAUAUAUACACAAUACAAAACUAAUAUUUUGAAGUGUUUUUAUCUGAUAGCUUUUUCAAAUCUUGUGGUACAAGUUGUGCAUUGUUUUUUGGAGAAGAAACCUGAAAAAAAAGAAAAAAAAAAAACAUGUUUUUCAAUGUCUCUUUGGUUUGUUUAGUUUUUUUCUCUUUGGUUCACUGGAGGCUCUGUUCAGCACUUUGAAAUCAUAAAAAAACCUUCUGAUUA